AUGGACCCCACUUCCCCUCUGAACCUCGACUCUCUGGUGCCACUGAGGCCAGCCUUAUUGGACAAGGGGUUGGGAGCCAUCAACGCCAUGGGGAAGGCAGCGGUUCAGGUUGCCAACUCGCUGGACCAUGCAGUUGAGCAUCUGUUUGAGGGCUGGAGUGUCUCUCCUCCGGCUGAAAAGCGGUCCUCCGCAGGCGUGAAAGGGGUUGCUGCCCAGCUGCAGGCACUCCUUGACGAGAAGGCAAAGCUGGCAUCCGAUAAUGCUAGGCUUGCCUUUGAGAACAGCAGCCUCCAGGAGCUUCUCGAGUACACUGUGUCAGCUGUUGGCGACGAUCCAUGCUAUGAGGACAGCAGUUGCCAUAUGAGCACAGAGGGCGAAUGGGAAGCUCCACCAGAGCACAUGGACUUCGUCGAUGACCACAAGGAAGACUGCGCAAGCGAGUAG